GUUCGUAGUUCGCGCACGCGCUGUGGUUUGGUGUGUCCGUUCACGGAAGCACCUGUGCUGCCACCGAGUAAUUGUGAGGUGUGCGACGUGAACUGAAUGUAAAGCUUAAAGAAAAGGAGCUUUAAUAAAGCAGCAUGCUCAGCUAUGUGGUGGUCGCGCUUUUAUCCGCGACGCUGGCAGUGCUGUUCAUCCCUCCUGAUUGGUCAGCUAUGUUUGGCAUUGAGUCAUCAAAGGGGUCACCGCUCAGACUCCUAAGCAGGAGUGAGUUAGCGCUGCACGAUGGGGAGCAGGGCAGCAAGGGGCUAUACCUGGCCAUACUGGGGCAGGUUUUUGAUGUACACAAGGGAGAAAAGCACUAUGGACCUGGUGGCGCUUAUCACUUUAUGGCAGGCAAAGACGCCUCACUGGCCUUCAUCACCGGAGACUUCACAGAGAGUGGGCUGACAGAUGACGUGUCGAGUCUGUCCCCCCUAGAGGUGGUUGCGCUGUACGACUGGCUGGCCUUCUACCAGAGGGACUACCAAAAUGUGGGUCGGUUCUAUAACGAGGCCGGAGAGCCCACAGAGGGCCUGUUGAGAGUAGAAGCAUCACUAGCAGAGGGUAAGAAACUCAAGGCUCAGUCUGAGGCUGAGAGGAUUCGCUUUCCGUCUUGCAACUCAGAAUGGACUGCUGCCAGUGGAGGAAGAUUCUGGUGCUCCACUAAGAGUGGUGGAGUGGUGAGACACUGGGCAGGCGUGCCACGGAAGCUCUUCUCUCCUGGCGCCACUGGCGCUCGUUGUGUCUGUGUUGAAGACCCGAUCACGGCAGAGGAAGACCCCAACCUGCAGAAAUACGACGGCUGCCCUGCACAUGCCGAGUCAUGCUCUGUGGGAGCGCACUAGACCGGUCAGCCCAGAGAAUGGACCCACUCAUAGCUGCUUCUUAGCAGCACUGAACUCAGAAACACACUUUGGCUAGUAACUGAAUUUUUUGACAAUAAAGAGACCAAAUCAAGAAACCUCAAAGCAUUUUUUGAUGACCUUUAUGUAAAGUUGUCCUCCUUUUCCCUAAAAGAAUACACCAGGAAGAGACGAGCUAGAUAUCUGAGCAUACAGAUACAAUACAAUGUGCAUAAAAGAUUAAACAAUGUGCAUAAAAGAUUAACAGAGGCAAGAUUUAGGUUUGUCACAAUGACAAGCACAAACUGCAUUUAAGUACAAAACAGUUGUA